GAAAAAUGUGAGCAGAAGUUCUGUGGGUUUGUGCAAACGCUACUUUCACUCUGACACUGAAACCGGAGUCGGACCGAGCUGAAGAGUAGCAAGUUUGUUUUAGUCAUCGUUCCUGUGAUGAUUCAAAGCAGCCCGACUCGCUGCGAGUCACGAUGCCGUACGUGGACCGAGAGAGUCGCAUCUGCGGUUUCCUAGACAUUGAGGAGGACGAAAACAGUGGUCGUUUUCUGCGGCGAUACUUCAUUCUGGACACACAGCAGGGUAGCCUGCUGUGGUACAUGGACAACCCACAGAAUUUGCCAAAAGGGUCUGCUGAGGUUGGGGCUCUGAAGCUCUCCUAUAUAUCCAUGGUCAGUAAUGCCACAAAACUUAGACCAAAAGCAGAGUUUUGCUUUGUCAUAAAUGCAGGAAUGAGGAAGUUUUACCUUCAGGCCAAUGACCAGCAGGAUUUGGUGGAAUGGAUCAAUGUUCUCAAUAGUGCCACCAAAAUUACUGUUCCAAAAUCAGGUAAUAGUCACACUGCUGUGCACGCCGAGACCCCACAGGAUGUUCUCGGCGCCAUGAAGCAGGUUUCCUACAAGACUGAGAUCAUUGGAGGAGUCGCCAUCAUUACUGCUACACAGGAGCAGGCAGACGGGCAGAAUGGAGCUGGUCAUGGAGGACUGAAGCGGAGCCACAAUCAGCUGCCCUACUAUCUGUCUAGAGGAGCUCAGGACCAGACGGUCAUCAAGACUGGAUACUGUGUCAAACAGGGAGCUGUGAUGAAAACAUGGAAGAGAAGAUACUUUGUGUUGGAUGAAAAUGCACUUAGUUACUACAAAUCUGACCUGGACCGUGAGCCGCUCAGAGUCAUCUCCUUGAAGGAGAUCCACAAAGUUCAGGAGUGUAAACAGAGUGAACUGAUGAUGAGGGACAACCUGUUUCAGAUGGUCACCAGCUCCAGAACCUUCUUCAUACAGGCCGACAGUCCAGAGGACAUGCACAGCUGGAUUAGAGCCAUCUCAGGAGCCAUAGUGUCUCAGCGUGGGUCUGGACGCUCCAUGAACUCUGUCCGUCAGAGUCGACGUCUGUCCAGCCCAUGUUUACAGACGUACACCCCGCUCAGCAGCACGAAUCCUCCUCCCCGACAUCUUCCUCCAUCUUCUACCUCCCUUUCCACCAGGAUUCACACUACCCAGAAUCCUCCACAGGGAACACUCAGCCUUUUGCCGGACACGCCCCCUCUUCGCAGCUUCCUGUGCCUCCCCCCGCCGCGUUCACGCCUGUCUCUGCAGGAGGCGCUACCGUAUUCCAAGUGAUGGAGGGUGAAGCUCAGGAAGAGGGGUUGGAGCACCAUCACCUCUCAACAGAGAACUCUGACCUUCACAUGACCCUGAUGUGACCAAGGCAAACAGGCAUUAACACUUUAUUUUUUAACUUUUUCGUUUUUUCUUCCUGUUGUAGCAUAAACAUGACGUUGUCUUGCCUAAAGUUGAUUUGGGCCAAAUUUCCAUCAAUGUCAUCACAGUUAGAAAUUGUGCGAGAAUUUUAGCUUCAACUGACUUGAUUAGCACACAAUAGUAUUUUAGUUAAGACAAAUACACAAAGCUAAUAUAAUAUUUUAAAUUUAAGCUCUAGUUGGCGACUUUGACAAGGUUUACACAGAGCUUGGCAUGUGGAAGUGUCAACACAUUUUGUACAUUAUUUAACUUUUUAAUGUAAGGUGAGAAAAGCUAAAGUCGUUAGAAAAACAAGACAUUGUUACAUUCAGCCUCCUUUUUAAAAAACUAUUGACGUUUAUUGAUGUUUGGAUGUGUAGCAGAUUUAUUUUUAAAAAACAUGAAACAAACUGAAAUGUACAUUUAAGUGGGUUUAUUUUGUACUUUUAAUGUUUUUUAAAGCUAACAUACAUUUUGAGAGUUCAUGACUUAACACGUACAUGUUUAUACUUUCUUCUUAUCAUGCACAUCAACGUAUUCAUUUUGUCUCCUCACAGUAAAACUAUUUAAAACAAAA